UGAACAACAGGAGUAUCUUCACCGCGUGCUCCCUAGCCCAGUGUUUACCGCUACAUUUAAAACACUACAACAAAAUUUCAUCUUAGAAAUGGAGAAGUUUAACAUGCUGCUGUUGGACUACCCUCAGUUAAUGUACGGCGGGGUUGGAGCGACAGCGUUCAUCGCAGGCGGAGCGCUAAUCUACAAGCUAGCUACUAGGAAGAAGCCCGCUUAUGCAAAUGUAAACUGCUGGUUCUGCAAUCAGAACACAGUGGUGCCUUAUGGAAACAGGAACUGCUGGGAUUGUCCCAACUGUGACCAGUACAAUGGCUUCCAAGAGAAUGGAGAUUACAACAAACCCAUCCCAGCUCAGUACAUGGAGCAUCUUAACCAUGGUGUAUGUGGAAGCGUUCCUUCAUCUGAGACUCCGAAGACUCUGCAGUGGGUCAACUGUCAAAUGCUGCUGUGCAGGAAGUGCAAUAAUAACCAGACUGUGAAAAUCAAGCAGCUGGCUUCAUAUGUUCCCAGGGAUGAUGACAAUUACGAUGAGGAAAUUGAAGCCUAUAAGCAUCACCUGGAGCAGACUUUUAAGUUAUGCAGACCGUGUCAGACUGCAGUGGAAUAUUACAUAAAAUAUCAAAACCGCCAGCUUCGUACGAGGCUCCUAACCCACCAGCUCCGGCGCUCCCGAGAAUCAGACUCCGGGUUUGUGAAGAGCUCCCAUUCUCUGUCCUCACCCACCGGAGUCAUACUGUUACGGGCCCUGGCCUUCCUGAUUUGUGCUUUUCUUCUCACGACGUUUGUCUAUAAAUUUCCGGAACAGCCUCUCUCUCCCAAUCUGCCUCAGACCUUAAGUGGGGGCGUAAUUCCUCCAAAGCCAAAAUCCAGCAAUGAGUCCACCGCUAGCAACGCCACAGAUUUGCCUGUGUGGCAGGGUCUGCUGGACUUCAUCCCAGAAAAAGCUGUUGAAAACGCCAAGCUAGUCUGGCAGCACGGCAGGGACAACCAGCUGGCUAUAGUGUCCGUGGGCCUGAUGACUUGUCUCACGGCUAUUUUCUUAGCAGGAUCGAUGCGGUUGAGGAGGAUCGAUGCUAUGGCCUCUGUCCUGUGGUUUGUCGUCUUGUGCCUCUGCCUGGCUGAGAGCUACUUGACCGACACGCCGAGCUGGAUGGACUCAGUGAAUCUUGUUAGCAUCUCCCUCUGUUGCCUCGUCGGCCUCGCCGCCGCUGCCGCGACUCGCAAGCCACUGGGUCAGCGAAGAGCCAGAUAUCGAAGGUCAGAUUUUGAGCAGUAAUACACAUUCACAUUGUGUUUGAAUGUUGAGAGUCUACAUGUAGUCUUCUCUGGGUGGUCUGUGUAGCAAGAUCGAACAUAGCUGUGGUCGGUUUUUCCUCAAAUAAAAACCCGCACCUGCCUCUUAUUAGAUAAAUAACUUUUAAUUUAUCAAUCAUGGUUUGAAUAAGUUGUCGUUUUCUUGCGGUGACUGUCAGACUGAUCUCAGAAUGAAUGAUGGCAUCUUUAUUGGAUAAUGCAACACUAUAGAGCUUAUCCUAAAUCCAGUCCUAUAGAAGUGUUUUAAAUGACUUUGUUUUUAUUUGAGGAAAUCUAUUUGUCAUUUCUCCCUAUUUCACUGUCAAUUUUUAUUCUGUCCCUUUGCUAUUCUGUUGUGAGAACAACUGAUGAGAUUCAAAUUGUAAACUCUACUUAAGAACAGUGUAAUAAUUUACAACAGACGCAUGGUUUACAUAAUAACUGAAUCAUGGAAAAAAAAGUUGAAGAGAUCAACGAUAAUUUUAAAAAAUUUUCUCCAUAUUUCUCAAAGGUGGGACAAACAUUUAUUUAUACAAUCCAUUGUGUGAAACUAACAUUUGUUUUACGAGUUUAGAUUAUUAACUAUAUAAACUAUUAACAAAAUCACAUUUAAGGUGAUAGUGUUGAGGGUCUGUAGUCACAUUCCUAUCAGUAUUAACUACUGUAUGUUUUUAUAGUACUAGGAUUUCUGUUUAAAAAUGUCUUGAAUGUACUAACUUAUAUUAACACUACCUAGAUGCUUCUGCAUGAAUUACUAAUGUCAACUCUCAAAAUGUGAACAAAUCUUGGCCUGUAUUCAGAUGAAUCACUCGCAGCUGCACAAAAGAAAAGUUUUACCUUGAGCGCAUAAAGCAGCGACUUCUAAAGCUGAAUGACCAUUUUGUUUCAUACAAACACUCGGUAUGUUAUCUUUGUUGCUUACACACUAAAAGUUGCACAUGUAACUUUGACUUUCCGAUUAAUUGCUUGAAAAAACUUUUACGUGUCAUAAUGAGCGCUGGAAAAACGUAAAACUUAGUAAGAACUUUGAACUAGCUGAAUAUUUUAAAAAGCAUGUAAACUUGUAGGUAGCAUAAUGUGGGGACGAUGCCUUUUUCAGGCAGAUCUUGUUAUGUCUUUGGUUUGUACAGUCGCUCUUUGAGACCAGACAGUUCUGUCAUAUAAAUAUGUUACAUUUCUAGAUUUAUUUCUUAAAUUAUGAUAUGUAAAACAUUAAAGAUGAUCAGGUUUGAUAUUUUAAAUUUUAACCUUUUUCCUUUGCCAUAAGUUCUUGCAUUUGGCAUUAUUAUUAACGGUGCCUGGUCAUAGUCUCUGUCUGGUUUCCUUGUGAAUAUUCUGACAUUUUACUUUCUCCUGUCCUCUUUUAAAACGAUCCUCCAUCUGUCUCCACCAAAAUGCCUCUAAUCACUGGAAAACAUUUGCUCUGUACAGUAUUGUGCAAGACGUUGAAAUGCUAUUUGUCCGUGGCGAUCAACCAUAAAUUGUAGAAAAGUAAGACAGUAUUAAGAUUGUUACAGAGCUUUUUUAUGGCUUCCUGCACUGUCUCUGGUAAUCUGGAAAAGUCUGGAAUCCAGCUUCAGCUUUGUGUGUUUUCAUUAUUUCUCAGUAAAAUAAAUAGCAAAAUCCAGCUAGUUGGCAAUUCAGUUGCUCAAGUGUCUAAAAUCUAAUAAUAAAUAAAUAAAUCUGAAUCUGAAACAUUUGGAAUUUUGAGUGAAAAGUUCAUAAUGCUCACAUAUUUGAUCUUUUCCUCAGCACCUCUGCUACAUGUGGCUUUCUAGUUUCAUUAUAAUAGUAGGCUGAUGUAUGAUAACAUGUUGGUAGUGGUGAUGUCAAUUAAAGCAGGACUGCGUUCUCUUACCAACAAACAUUCUAAGUCUUUGACACUUGGAUUAUGUAGUAACAUGAUUGGAUCUGAUCAAAUGCCUCCAUUAGUAAAAACAUGUAAAGUGCCUACACUUUUGCACAAUACUGUCUGUAGUUAUCUAAACAUGUUUAACUUGAUCAUAGCAAUCUGAUGGAUGAAUACAUAACAACUAAAUGGCUUGUUUAGGUUUACUUUGUAGAUUAAAACAUUGCUAAAGUGUUUUAUGGUAUUAUGUAAACAGAAAUACUCUGAAAAUGUGGUGCAAUGAUUACAAUACUAAUAUUCCUCUAAUCAUCAUUCUAAUUUGUUGGUACAUCUGUACUAACACUAACGUUGCAUGAAGACAACACGGCAAACCACACUAAUUCUCAGUAUUACUUUAUUUAACUUCACUAAAUGAAAAUGGAUAAUAACAGAUAAAAACGUGUCUCCAACUGCACAGAUUUUAUUUUUUUAGUGCAGUUAUUAACUGUAGUGUUUGAAGGUGGCGUUUCUGAGUUUGACAGGUUGUGAAAAUCAUUAGAUUAGAAAUGUAGUUUAUUGUAGUUUUCCGUAUUUAUUGCUGUGAAUUUACUUUUGGUUAUCCAUAACUGUGGAAACCCACAUAUAAAUUAGAUGCCUUGAGGUGUUUUUAGAGUGGUGAGUAUGCUGACAUUUGAUGCCACGCCUGUUGAUUAUGAAAUUUGCGUUGCAAAAGUAUUCACGUCCCUUUGUUUUUCCACAUUGUCGCAUUACAACAACAAGCAUCAGGGUGAAUUAUUUAGAUUUUAUGUGACAGAGCAACACAAAUUGCUUCAUAUUUGUGAGGAGGAAGAACAUCCUGCAUAGUGUUUCAUUAAUCAAUGUUCGUAUUUUUGUGUCCAUCUGUACUCGGCCUCCUCUAUUGAUGUUUUGAGUUAAAAGUGGCUUCAUGUUUGUGGCCUUAAUAACAGAAAGAAGGUUGGUGUUGUCACUUUUACCAUUUAAGAAUAAGAUUUAUGAACAAUCUCACUCUAAAUAAUUACAAAAAAGUGUCAAUUUGCUGUAGAAUGAAAUUUCUAUUUUUAUGGACCACAAAAUUAUUCUUAAGGGCCGCAAAUGAUCCCAGGCCGCACAUUGGACACCCCUGGAGUAAAGGGCAUUGAAUUCAAAUGCAUGUCUCAUUUUUCAGAUUUUCAUCUCUAAAAUUUGUUUAGAAUUUAUUAUUUUUCCUUUCUCUUCACAAUUGUGUGUUUCACUAAAUCCUAGAGGAAUAUGUCAAAUGUUGUGGUUGUAACAAGAUGAAUGUGGAAAAAUUCAAGUGCUUCUUACAGUCGCAGCAAACAAAACUUUCCAUACUGUAAGUAUUGCAGUACUGAAGGAGAAUUUUGCCUUUUUCAAAACCAUCAGACUGAAAAACCUUAUUUGUUUCUUCAAAUGCCAAAUUGGUACUUCAGUAAUUGUGUUUUACUUAUUCAUGUAAAAGCACAACUUGCCAAAUUUUUACAUAAUGUGGCCAAAACUGGCUAUAAAUAUUUAGUUUACCUGUUUCGUAUGCUGUAAUAUUAAUUAUCUCCAGCCUCCAUAUGUAUCUUUUUUGCCUCUUUGGGUGAAUUCCUGUAUCAGUGUAAUAAGCUGACUGUUAGUUUUUGCUAAGUAAAUAUUAAGCUGUAAGAGCACUGUAUUAAAACCCUUAUGGUAAUUUUCAUAUAUAAGCUACUAUUUAUGAGAACCAAAAGCUGAUUUUGUGUGGUUUAAAUAUUGAUUGCUCCAUUUUAACAGCAUAAUGUUGAUAUUUUUCACCUUCUCUGUUAUUGUGAAUGUGUAGCAUGUAGCCAAUAAAUGUGAUAUUUCAUACAUGGAUGUUGCGGCUAAGUGUGGACCCCAUAGACAUAAAGGCUGGAGGUUUUUUGUUUGUGUUUUUUUAACAGAUUGUCAUAUCUGUUUCCAACAUUUUGUCUCAGAUCAAUCUAUUCUCUGGUUUCUGAUCUGUAGCAGCCAUGAAAACGGAGCUUCAUCACUGUUGAGAGGUUUCUUGGAGUUUGCACGUAGAAACAUUGUGUUAUGGACACUAGCGUGAUCUUGAUGUCUGGCUUUUCUUUUUUGUGCUUCCUGUUGUUGGCUUUAAUAAACAAAUAAAUACAAAA